AUGGAUCGGCCAACGUCAGCGCUGCCCGUCCUGCCCUAUGCGAGUAGCUACCCCGAUCCAGCGCUCUUGGCCUCAAAACUGCACAAUCGCCAGCCUUUCCUGGUCCGAGUCCAGAUCGCCCAUAUAAGUCCCUUGGCUGCUGAUCGAGAGACACUAGAGCUGGCUGCCUCUUCCACGAGCUCCACUAAAUGUGCUGGUAAUGGCAAGAAGAUGUCUUUUAUGGUCAGCACUAAAAGGCCGUUGCAUGUCGAAUUACAUACCUGCUAG